ACACAAGUCAUGGUGAAGAAGAAUGUGUCACUUGCCUUGUUUACCUGGUGACACAAAGGAGGAAGGAGACUCGCCAGAAGGGAGUCCCUCCAAAGCUGUGUCCACCAUGUCCCUUUCUGUGCGCCCCACGCGGAGGGUCGUUGCCAGAUCCAUCACUAGGAGCCAGUCCUUCGCGGGAGUCAACUCCUACGAUAAGUCUUACAGGAACCUUUCUGUGUUCAGCACCCCGGCGUGUGUAAGGAAGACUCCCUCCAGAGUAAGCAGGAUGUUCACGCUCUCCACUAAAUCUCCUCCUCCAAAGGUGCCCCAGCCUGAGAGGCUGGACGAGGUGUACGAGGCCCUGAAGAGAGGACUGCAAUCCUACCUGCAGGUCCAUCAGAUGGAGCUGGACAGUCUGAACAGACAAAUGAAGGAGUCUAAGAGAAACUCUCGCUUGGGUUUUUUGUAUGAACUUGACAAGCAAGUGAAAGUAAUCGAGAGAUUUAUGAGACGGCUGGAGUUUCAUCUCAGUAAGAUUGACGAGCUCUAUGAGGCCUACUGUAUGCAGCGCAGACUGAGAGACGGAGCCGAUAAGAUGGUGAAGGCUUACACAGCCUCUCCAGGCAGCAGGGAGGCCAGAGAGAGUCUGUCUGAAGCUAACAAGAGCUUCAAAGAGUACACAGAGGUAAGAGUGUAUGUAGAAAUAGCUUAUAAAUUGAAAUAUAAUAAUAAUGUAAAAAUGUAUAUGAAAAUAAAAAUAUAAUUCUAAUUGUUUGUUAAUUGAUUUUUUGGUGUCUUUUUAAUACCUCCACAGAUCUUUAUGAAGUACGGUCGUCAGCGGUGGAAGCUGCGGGGUCGGAUUGAAAUCAAUGGCAAGCAAGUGUGGGAUAGUGAGGAGAUGGUCUUCCUCCCCCUUAUCACAGAGUUCCUGUCUAUAAAGGUGACGGAGCUGAAGAGUCUGGCCAAUCACGUGGUGGUGGGAAGCGUCUCGUGUGAGACGAAGGACCUGUUCGCUGCCCUGCCCCAAACAGUAGCUGUGGAUAUCAAUGACUUGGGCACCAUUAAGCUCAGUCUAGAGGUCCUCUGGAAUCCAUUCGACAAAGAUGACCAGUCGUCCUCAGCUAGCACUGUGAACAAAGCACCUACUGUCAACAAACGCUUCUCUACCUACAACCAGAGUCCUCCAGACACACCCUCUCUACGAGAACAGGCCUUCUAUACAGCUCCACGGAGCAUGAUGUCCAAACAGCGCUGGUCCUUACUGGGUGUGUUCAGAGACACACUGACAGAGAAACUGACUCAGAGCUGCUCAUGCAGCGAUGUCACCUCGGUCCGCCUGGGGUCCUCUCUGCUUUCCAGCCAUAAUAUGUUGAGGAGACAAGAGGAGAUGGAGAACGGAACGGCAUGGUCAAACUCCUCCGAAUCCUCUGACGAUUCCUCCAGUCCUCAGCUUUCCUUGGGAAUGCGCCAUGCACACAAAAACUUAGUACAGCCUGAGGUACAAACUGCUCCUCCUGCCAUUGAAAUAUCAUUUGCACCCCGUGAAUCUGCCACCUCUACUCCCACCCACCUGGCCAAAAAGAAAGAAGAGGACGAGGAGGAGGAAGAAGAGGAGGAGGAUCUGAAGAAACCAACGGCCACCAUAACGGUCACCACUGAGGCUCCCGUGAAACAGGAAGUGCCCAAUGGCCAUCCCCGCUAUUCUCGCUCCCUUAGCCACAUCAGCGAGAACAGCACAGAUGGUGUUUUGACAGAUAGACUGACUGGGGAAUCUUUGGUGGCCAAUGAAGUGACUUCAGCGGUCUCUUCGGUAUUUGUAAGUGACAUUGCCAUGGAUAUGCCCCACCGAGCAGAACUAUGUUUUGUAGUACCAGACACUCAGGAGAUCUGCCCCAUUCCUGAUCCCUCCACGAGUGAGUCAUCCUGUCCCGCUGAGCCACUCAACUGUUCAGAAAGUAGCUCUCCUGCAGAAACCACAACUUGUGACUCUGAAAAAGCUACAGAGCUCACGUCUAGGCCCACCUGUGGAGACAAAGACUCUUUCCCCAGUGCUAAUGCUUUGUCCCAGCAGAUGGACUCCGAAGCUCCUAGGACUGAUUCCUCUCAUGAGCCACACCUCACAAAGACACAAACGGACGACCUGCUGGCAGAGAAGUCUGGUUCUGUAGUAGACACCAGACCCAUGGAUGAUUUGGAGGGACAAUCAGCAGACAGUGGUUUGGAGGAGGCCCUUGGUGCCGUUUUGUCCUCCCUUGAUGACUACAGAGGCCAGUUCCCAGAACUACAGGUCCUAGAGCAAGAGCUGAAGCUGUUGGAGGAGGUGCUAACAGUACAGAGUCGUAGUCGCUCAUCCAGUGUCAGUUUGACAGUUGAGAUGGCUCUAGGGAGCUUUGACUUCCUUAAUACAUCAGACCUGGAGGAAGAGGAGGAGGAGGAGGAGGAGGUGGAUGGUGAGAGGCAGAGUGUGACAGACAGCACAGAGGAGCAUCCAGCGGCUGUGGAAAGUGCAGGAGAGGAUGAGGGCUGUGAAGCCAGGUGUUGGGAUACUCCCUCCGGCCCGCUCAGCACAGGCUGCCCGACUCUAGAUCACACCCUGCUGGUUCAUCUGAAGAACUGCAGCUCGCAGCUGCUGAGGUUAGGCACAUUCGGGCCCCUGCGCUGUGGGGAGAUGUACGCUCUGGACCGACUUCUCAGGGAAGCAAGAGUCCUUGAGCUCAUACGAUGGGUUGUGAAGGACUCGAGGGGCGAAGUCAUCCAGCCAGAGGAGGUUGUUCCUCAGUUAGAUCAGUGCCAAGGGGCUGUGUUGCUAUGGCGGCAGUGCACGGAUGGCUGCAGUGUCUACAGCACCUCCACAGAGGCCUUCUUACAGGCACUCAGCGACACUUACGCCAGCAGACUCCCUGAGAGAGGAGCUGGUUUCACAGACACAGUGUUUCUGCGUCUGCUGGAGCGGAUCCUGAAGAGAAAGCUGCCCAGGCGUGCAGGAGGUGCGUCCAAAGAGACUCUCACCCUCUUCCAGUUUUGGAGCUACCUGGAAGCAGAGGGGGUGAAUGACUUGGACACACACAUUCCUGAGCUGGCUGAAGAAGUGUGGCUAGUUCAGUGCCUGCAGUCUGGAGAUCAGGAUGUUCUGGUAAAAUCUUUGAAGAAGCCUCCAGAGUGCAGUCUGAAGAGGGAGGGCUUGCGGGCUGUCAGUCUGCUGCUGAGGGAUCCGAGGGGGAAAGUGUGCAGUGCAGCCAGCUCCCUGCUGCGGAGUCUAGCUGACCAAACCCGCCACAGAGAGAGGGCAUUGGUGAGCUGUCUAGAGUUGCUGGAGGAUGAAAGUGUUGAGACGCGGGUGUGUGGAUGUAAAUCACUCGCAUGCCUGAAGGCCAAAGAGAGCAUCGAGCAGCUGGUGUAUCUGUGCCGGACAGAUAAGGAGGAUGUGAGGGAUGCUGCCAAACAAGCUCUGCUUGUGCUAGGUGAGGAGGGGAAGAUGGCCCAUCGACACCUUGAGUCCUCACAAGAUGGAAUGUCCCGGCUUUUUGCGCCUGGCAGCAUGGCCAGUACGGCUUUCUGACACAAUCAACUGACCGAUACUUGUUGAAAAUAAUGUACUUGUGUUUCAGUAUCCUCACCUUCAUGAUCAUGCCAAUUACAAACUAUAAAUGCACACUAUUAAAAACUAUCAAACAGUUUUAAUGGCACAAAUCAGCGUAAUCACACUCUUGCAGAUAGAGUGUCAGCAUUGCAUUUAAAGAUGUGGACGGAUGUUAUACAAUCAUUGGACAAGAGGACUUGUGUGUCAAUCUGUAUGUUAUUAAUAUUUUGGAUAUGGCCUUAGAUGAACUACUGUAAAGUGAUGAGGUAAGAUACAUAGGUGGCAAUGGGUUUAUAAAGAAUGUUUUGCUGCCUUAAGAUUCGGCCCAAUGGUGUUGCCUUCAUCAUUGGUGGAAUGAAGCUGGACCCUGAUCAGCAAUACAAGUGAUGACUGAUAUUGAUGGGAGAUAACAAGUGUUAUUUUCACUUUAUUGCUUUAUUGGGCAGUGACUACCUGCAGAAUACAUAGAGAAUCUGAUUGUCCACUUUGUGAAGAGUGCUUGUGUGUGUACAUAGUGAUUGGAGAAUGUAUGCUGGUAGCUGAGGGGGUCUCUUGGGAAUUACUUCUUUAUUAAUCCCAAACUUUCAUAGGGACCUUGUUGCCAUAGUAACAGUGCCAUUCCAUACUGUCAUAUGCUUUAUUGAUACAGAAUAUAUAUCUAUAUUCCAUUGGAAGUAUAAAUGUUUUGUGUUGUAAUUUUGUUUAAAUGCUCAAUAGCCAAUACAGAUCUGAUUUGAUUCACCAUGCACUUCACAUUUAAGCCACUGGCAUUGUAAUAUCUGCUGUAAAAGUGGUGAAGCUGUUCCAUUUUUUAUCAAGAUGUCAUCAUUAUUAUGAGUGAAAGCUGUAAACUGUGGUGAAUAUUGCCUUUUGCGAUAGGUUCCGACAACCUUUCUAUGCUUGUGAUCUUUAGAAUGGCCAUAGAUCAUGUUUGACUCAGAGCAUUUCUCCAUUGCUGCUAGACAGAAAGGUUCCGAGUUGGAACCAGAGAAGGUUCGUUCAUUUUUACAUAACACUAUUUUCUAGUUCAAUCUGUUACAGACUUAAAUGACAAAGAACGCCUCUUCAGUGUAUAAGUGCCUCAAAGUAGUAUGGGGAGCAAGAGAAUUAGAUAGACUUUAUUUAAAACUCGAGACUGCGGUUUAGGAUUGCAAACUGCAGAACAGAUUUAAAUAUAUUUUUCAUUAUUAUCUACAGAUUGUGCAGCAUUAAAGAAGUGAUUUACUUUAGAUUUUUUUUAUUUACUCUAAAUAUGUAUAUUGUCUGACAAGGAUAUUGCGGACAUCAACUGUAAAGGAAACUAUUAAAAUUAUGGACACUAAAAUUUGGGUGACUUCUUAACAAAUUUGACACCUGUUAUUUGUACUUUGUCACAAAGAAAAUUGGAAAAUAAAGGAAUUACAUAACUGAAGCAUUUCCACAUUAAUGCAUGCAUGCUCAAAUG